AUGCGUCCAGACGAGGCCGGCCAGCUCAAGUACCGCAACACACGGCAUGCCGUCACCAGCAUGUGGAGGCUCGAGGGUGCACGUGGUUUCUACAAGGGCUUUCUGCCCAACCUGCUGCGAGUCAUGCCCUCGGCAUCCAUCACCUUUGCUGUCUAUGAAGGCAAGGUGAAGCAGAUCGUCGGCUCCACACUCCGCGACCUUCCCUCCCAAGACUCGCCAGCCACAGACUCCUCUUCUUCCUCCUCCUCAUCCGAGCCUGUGACCAACUUUGAGUCGGAUCGCAGCGCUGCGGAGUAUGCCAGCAUGUACGCCGGUGAUUCGCUGCCAGGAGGCCACGUCAUCAUGCUGGGGGCCGAUCCAGCCAGUCAGGCGGCAGCUCUUGGGGCGCUGAACGCAUUCCCAGGUGGGCUGCACGUUGGUGGAGGCAUUACUCCAGAGAAUGCCGGGAUGUACCUGGACGCAGGGGCCAGCCACGUCAUUGUCACCUCGUAUGUGUUUCGGGAGGGAGCGGUGGAUGAGGAGCGGCUGCGCAGGAUGGUGAAUGCCGUGGCGCCCGAGAGACUGGGCGAGCACUACUAUGUGGUGACGGAUCGGUGGCAGCGCUUCACAUCGCUGGUGGCCUCUUUUUCUAUCUCCCUCUCUCACACUCUAGUACACACACGCUCCCUCACACCCCAACCCCAGGGCGAGCACUACUACGUGGUGACGGACCGUUGGCAGCGCUUCACAUCGCUGGUGGUGGACGGCGAGUCGCUGGCCCGGCUGGCAGACUGCUGCGAUGAGUUCCUCGUGCAUGGCGUGGAUGUGGAGGGCAUGAAGCUGGGCAUUGACGAAGAGCUGGUUUCCCUGCUUGGGAAAUAUUCACCAAUCCCAGUGACCUACGUGGGAGGUGUUCGCUCUCUUGAGGACCUUGACAUUGUAAAGGCAGCUGGAAGGGGAGCGGUGGAUGUGACUGUAGGAAGUGCCCUCGACAUCUUUGGAGGGGACCUGCCAUACAGAGAGGUCGUGGAGUGGCAUAGAAGCCAAGAAAAGGUGUAA